AUGGUGAGGCCAUUGUCCGUCAGGCCAAUGUCCUCGCCAGCUGCUACAUUGUCGAUUCCGCCGCGACUCUUCGCGGUCUCCACUACUGCACUACCGGGGCCGCAGGGGCCGAGUGGUAUUCCUGAGGUCCCCUCCUCAGGAUUACCAUCUCCUCCGUCAAGUCCCCCCCUCGCGGCUAUCACGGCGUCCAACGAGCUUGCGCUGCUUCCCAAGGCCAGCAGCAAGCAUCGCGACGCCGUGCCAGGCAAGCGAAUUAGCCGUCGAGGGGGGGCGGCGCUCUCGAUCAGGGAAGAAUGUGAAAGGUUCUUUUGCGAGUCCAUGAGGGCUGUGUUCCGCGGUGAGACGGACACUGGCCCCCGUGGCUCCGGCCUGCAUCAGGGUGUUUACAACAACAAUAACAACAACAACGGCAGCACGAACGCAACAAUGCUGCAGACUCCGCCGCCGGACGAGGACCUCGCCGUCCAACCGCACCCCUUUGGGGGUCGGUGCGGGACCGCGGACGGGAAUUCCGUGGCAUCUUCCGCCCCGGCCCCGGCCACGGCCUGGUUGGAGGUGUGGGACUUUGCCGGCGGUGCGAGCUUCCGGGCCUUUGUGGCGGACGACGGGACUGAAAGGUCCCUCUUCGCACUAUUUGACAGAAACGUCAUUGGACGUGACCUGAAGCCAGCGCUCAUGGCGCUGAUGGAGUUGGUCGACGGACCCCUCAACUGUCAGCAUCUGGUCAUCUGCAUCGACCGGGGCAUCGAGGAGGAGGAUGCGAAGUCGCUGAUGAAGAGCCUGCAGUGGGUCGGCUUUGAGCUGACGACGCUGGACCACUGGGCGCGCGACGUGGACGUGACGAGCGAUCAGUGGCUGUUUAUGAGCAUGGAGAUCUAG